AUUAAACGGUUGUAUUUCCAAGUGAUCAGUCGUUUUUCAUAUUUAAAACGUAAUUACUUAAUACUAGUAACAUUUUUCAGAACAACAAUUUAAAUUAAAAUUAAAAAUAAAAACAAUAGAUACGUGAGACAAUGAAUUCUUGGCAUUUAUCAUUAACCAUUUUGACCGUUUGCACGGUAUCGGCUCUGGCAGCAGAGAAAAAUUCUCAUAUUGAAGCCAUUGCUUAUGUGGCGAGCCCCAACAGUAAUCAAGUAAAUGGAAAUGUAACAUUCACACAAAACGCUUGCGGAGAAAAUGUCCAUGUUCGUGUUAUAAUAACCGGCUUAACUCCAGGAAAACAUGGUUUCCAUGUUCAUGAGAAGGGAGACUUGACAAAUGGUUGCUUAAGCAUGGGUGGCCACUUUAAUCCAGACAAAAUGGAUCAUGGUGGCCCCAGCGACGAAGUACGUCAUGUUGGUGAUCUAGGCAAUAUUGAAGCCAAUGCUGAUGGUGUAGUGGAUACCACCUUUACAGAUCAUUUGAUAAGUCUAACGGGACCACGAACAAUUAUCGGACGUGGUCUAGUCAUUCACGAUAUGAUUGAUGAUUUGGGAAAAACCACACAUCCUGAUUCGAAGAAAACUGGCAAUGCUGGUGGACGUGCUGCCUGUGGCGUUAUUGGUGUCAACCACAAUAGUUCACCCAAUGCUGCAUUAUCAUGUUCUUCACCACCACCACCACCAUCUCAAAACCAACCAACAUUUUUUGUACCUCAUGACAAACCACAAGAUCAAGUUAUCUAUCCUCUAUUAUCUUCAGGCUAUCCAUAUCAUUAUCCCUAUCCUCCCACCUACCAUUAUCAACAACCACAUCCUUACUACUAUCGCUAAAUAACAGCAAGUGGUCUAUUU